GAGCGCGCGGGGUGUACGGACGGUCGGGGGAGUAGGGGGUUCCCCUCCCCCUUCGCCGUGGGAGGCCCGGCCCGCCUCUGCUUGGUUUCUAGGGUUUCGGGCGGGCUGACCCCGCGGGGCUCCAAUUCGGUGGAGAGGCUCCGCGGUGAGGCUCCGUGCUGCUCCGGAUUGCUGCGCGUGGGUUCUGAUCGCCGCGUGGCGUGGCGGGGUUGGGGGGUUCUGGCGCUCUGCUGCUGGGCGGUGGUAGUGGUGUGGUGCAGUGCGGUUUCAUGCUGAAUUGGGCGGAGUUUCUGGUCGGAUUCGCGGAGGGAUAGCUUCUUCCACUGCUGCUGCGCUCUGGGUUGGGGUUGGGGUUGGCGUUGCGGGGGAAAGGUGGCUUCUUUUGGAGUUCAUGUGAGGUGAACGCCAGUGUGCUCACUUGCGGUCGCUGCAUCCAGCCGUGCAACGCGCAAUGAUUGUUAUGCUCUGAGGCUUGGCUGGCAGCAAAGAUGAAUGUGGGACAGGCGGCGCACCUGGCCGGGCAGAUGUCGGGGCAAGCGCCGCAGAUUAAUCAGGUUGGUGGCAGUGGUGUCGGUGGCGUUGACGGACUGCCACAGCAGAUGCCGGAUGUGGUGGGACUCGGGGGGCUUGAUUCCCAGUUUGUGAUGAUGCGCAACACUAUGCGGGACAGGAUAUACGAAUAUAUAGGAAGGAAGCAAUCAGCGACUGACUGGCGCCGGCGGCUGCCAGAACUUUCGAAGCGGCUCGAGGAGAUCUUGUUUAGAAAAUUCUCAAACAGGAAUGAUUACUACAAUAUGAUGAAGGGACCAGUUGAGCCACAAUUGCAGUUUGCUAUUAAGACGUUGAGUGCUCAACAAAACCAGCAAAACCAACAGAUGUCAAGGCAAAUGGCAUCUUCCUCUGGUUAUAGCACCAUGAUUCCAACACCAGGUAUCACACAAGGUGCAACUGGAAAUUCUAGAGUACCCUAUGUAACAGACAACACUGGCCUUCCAUCAUCUGGUGCAACCAUGAUUCCUCAGGGUGCCAACACGGGUACCUCACUACCAGGUUCAAUGUCUAACGGUUACCAGCAUCUAACUACCAGUGUUCCAUUAAAUUCAACCACAAGCAGCAUCCCGUCUACAAUGGGUCCUGUGGGUAUUCAGCGGCAAGUGACUCAUAUGAUACCAACUCCAGGAUUUAAUACUCAACAGAAUGUGCCUGCCAAUCCUGAUUUUUCAAAUGGACCUGGAUAUUUCAAUGGUGAGUCAACUGUGACACCACAAAUGCCGCAGCAGAAGCAAUUUCCUAGCAACCAAAGCAGUCAUCAAAUCCAGCAUAUAGGGGGGAACAGUAAUUCUGGAAUGCACUCAAACAUGCUGGAAAAUUCGUCUGCAUACAGUCUAUCCGAUGGACAUGUGAAUGGUGGAAUGGGUUUACAUGGGUCAAACAUGCAGCUAACAAACAGAAGUGCUGUACCAGAAGCAUACAUUAACAUUUCCCCUUAUGGGAAUUCAGCCAAACCUGCGCACCAACAAUUCAACCAGCAAACUGCACAGAGGAUGCCGACAGCGAAUAAUCACACCAUGGGUGCUGCAAAUUUGCAAUCUAGAUCAAGAAUGAAUUCCAUGUUGAUGACCAGUCAGUUAAACAUGCAAUCCAUUCAACUUCAGCCUCAGAUAAAAACUGAGGUUUUGGAUCAACCAGAGAAGAUGAAUUUUCAGUCAUCUCAGUUGACUCAUGAGCAACUUCUUCACCAACAACAUUCAAUGCAGCAACAUCAGAUGCAGCCUAAUUCCCAGUUUGUGCAAAACCAGUACCGCCUGAAUCAACAGCAGCCUAACUCGCAGCAUCAGCAGUCUAUACUGAGAAGCAAUUCCCUUAAACAGUCCCAACUGAGUUCCAGCCAUCCUAUGCAAUUGUCAGAACAAGGAGCUCUGCCACACACUGAGUUGAUAUCUUCACAAGCUACUGAACAUGCUGACAUUCAAAAUUACCCGGGUCAAUACCAGCAAAGAAGUGCUCAUGAUAAUGUCAAAGGAGGACAAAUGUUUGGACAUCUUUCCAGCUCUCAAAAUUUUCAUUCUACUGCAUCCCAUGAUUCUCAGCAAUUGUUGUCCUCUAAUCCGCAGCUUGACAGUUCAAAUGAUGCAAGUUAUGUCUUGAAAGGAUCUCAGCCAGAUCAAAUGCAUCAGACCCAAUGGCAGCCACAGACAAUGGAAAAGGCACCUAUCACUAAUGAUUCAUCUCUUGAGAAGCAAAUACAGGCAGAUUUGUGUCAGAGAACAAUGUCGCAGGAUGGAGCGCAACAGCCAUUUUCAUCCGAUUGGCAUCUUUCUGGUUGUACUGUGACUUCAGUUGAUCCUGCAUUGGCAAAGCUUCCCAGUGGAGGACUUGAACAGGCUGCUGGAAAUAUCUAUUACUUCCGUCAGAUGAAGUGGUUACUCUUGCUUUUUCAUGCAAAGUCAUGCUUAACUGCUGUCGGAAGUUGUAAAUUCCACCGCUGUUUUCAGGUACAGGAACUUGUAAAGCAUUUUGAGAACUGUAAAAGAAAGGAUUGUUCAUACAGGGAUUGCAGGAAGUCAAGAAUGGUUACUGAACAUUAUAAGACUUGUGUCGAUGAGCAGUGUCCUGUAUGCAGUAAUGCAAAAAAAUUUCUACAGCGUUCAACUGAAAUGGCAAGCAAGCAAAAACCUCCUGAGCCUAGAAAAAUUGCUCAACAGAGUACGGCUCACAGAAUCAUGAAUGGGGUAGAGGGUGACAUAAUGGACAUUGACCCAGUGUCGGCUGAAAUGUUUGAUGGCCAGCCAUCUAUUCCAAAACGGUUAAAGAUCCAGCCUGUAUCACCCAGUGCUGCAGAGCGUGAAGUUUCUAUGCCUUCCAAUCUAGGGAUUGUAUUGCAGGAAACACAUCCUGAACUGCCUGACCAGAAUAACAAGGUGGGACACCUGAAAAUGGAUGUGGAGAUUGACUCACGGCCACUUCAGAAGCCUGCAAAGAUUGGUUAUGGUACUGACGGAAAUGUGCCAGCAACAAGACAUAAUGUGACUCCUGGAGGCUCAAAUGAUAUCAAGGCUCAUGUCAAGCAAGAAAUCAUGUCAAUUGACAAGGAGACAAGUGAGAAUGCCCUUGAGGUCAAGAAUGAAGCAAAUGAUUCAAUGGAUGUCACAGUUUCUAAAUCAGGAAAACCAAAGAUAAAAGGUGUCUCAAUGACAGAGUUGUUCACUCCAGAGCAAAUUCAGGAACAUAUCAAUAGUCUAAGGCUGUGGGUUGGUCAGAGUAAAGCUAAAGCCGAAAAGAAUCAGUUGAUGGGGCAUAAUGAAAAUGAGAAUUCAUGCCAGCUCUGUAAAGUGGAAAAACUUACUUUUGAACCUCCACCAAUAUAUUGCUCCCCUUGUGGUGCUCGGAUAAAGCGAAAUGCACCAUACUAUACUGUUGGCACUGGUGAUACUCGCCAUUUUUUCUGCAUCCCAUGUUACAAUGAGACCCGUGGUGAUUCUAUUGAGGUGGAAGGGCAAAGCUUUUCGAAGUCCAGGUUUGAGAAAAAAAGGAAUGACGAGGAAACUGAAGAAUGGUGGGUUCAGUGUGACAAGUGUGAAUGCUGGCAGCAUCAGAUAUGUGCUCUAUUUAAUGGUAGAAGGAAUGAUGGAGGACAAGCAGAGUACACGUGCCCAAAUUGUUAUGUCGAAGAAGUGAAACGUGGGUUGCGCAUGCCUCUACCACAGAGUGCCGUUCUUGGGGCAAAAGAUCUGCCUAGAACUGUACUAAGCGAUCAUAUCGAAGAUCGUCUUUUUAAACGGCUGAAGCAGGAGAGACAGGAUAGGGCAACUCAUGAGAGGAAAAGCAUCGAGGAGGUUCCUGGAGCAGAAGGUCUUGUGGUCAGAGUUGUUUCAUCAGUGGACAAGAAGCUGGAAGUAAAACCACGCUUUUUGGAAAUUUUUCAAGAAGAUAAUUACCCAACAGAGUUCCCAUACAAGUCCAAGGCUGUACUUUUGUUCCAGAAAAUAGAAGGUGUAGAAGUGUGCCUAUUUGGAAUGUAUGUUCAAGAAUUUGGUGCUGAAUGCUCCUUCCCGAACCAACGUCGUGUUUAUUUGUCAUACCUGGAUUCUGUGAAAUACUUCAGACCUGAGAUUAGAACGGUGUCCGGAGAGGCUUUACGUACAUUCGUUUAUCAUGAAAUUCUGAUAGGAUAUCUUGAAUAUUGCAAGCAGCGGGGAUUCACAAGCUGUUACAUAUGGGCAUGCCCACCGUUGAAAGGUGAAGAUUACAUUUUGUACUGCCAUCCUGAGAUUCAGAAGACUCCCAAAUCUGACAAACUGCGGGAGUGGUAUUUAUCUAUGCUUCGAAAAGCUACCAAGGAGGAGAUUGUUGUUGAGCUGACAAAUCUCUAUGACCAUUUCUUUAUUACCAUGGGGGAGUGCAAGGCUAAAGUGACUGCUGCGCGUUUGCCUUAUUUUGAUGGAGAUUAUUGGCCAGGAGCUGCAGAAGAUAUGAUCAAUCAACUUCGUCAAGAAGAAGAUGACCGCAAGCUGCAGAAGAAGGGUAAAACAAAGAAGAUUAUUACAAAAAGAGCUCUUAAAGCUGCUGGCCACACCGAUCUCAGUGGGAACGCUUCCAAGGAUGCUAUGCUGAUGCACAAGCUUGGGGAAACCAUUUAUCCAAUGAAGGAAGAUUUCAUUAUGGUUCAUUUGCAGUAUUCGUGUAGUCACUGCUGUACCCUUAUGGUGUCUGGAAAACGUUGGGUUUGCCAUCAAUGCAGAAGCUUUUACAUAUGUGACAAGUGUUACGAUGCAGAGCAACAACUUGAAGAUAGGGAGAGGCACCCAAGUAACAGUAGAGAUACACAUACACUCCAUCCGGUUGAAAUUGCUGGGUUGCCCAAAGAUACCAAGGAUAGAGACGAUAUCCUAGAAAGUGAAUUUUUUGACACCAGGCAGGCCUUCCUUAGUCUUUGUCAAGGAAAUCAUUAUCAAUAUGACACCCUUCGCCGUGCUAAGCACUCAUCAAUGAUGGUGUUGUACCAUCUACAUAAUCCAACCGCACCAGCAUUUGUAACUACAUGCAAUGUCUGCUGUCAUGAUAUUGAAACUGGUCAAGGUUGGCGGUGUGAAGUCUGUCCAGAUUUUGAUGUGUGCAAUGCUUGUUACCAAAAAGGAGUAGUUAAUCAUGCUCACAAGUUGACAAACCAUCCAUCAGCUGCUGAUCGUGAUGCCCAAAAUAAAGAAGCUCGGCAAAUGCGUGUUCAGCAGCUAAGAAAGAUGCUUGAUCUUCUGGUACAUGCCUCGACAUGCCGCUCUGGCAGUUGUCAAUACCCUAACUGCCGGAAAGUCAAGGGAUUGUUUCGUCAUGGGAUGCAGUGCAAAACACGUGCUUCAGGAGGGUGUGUUCUUUGCAAGAAAAUGUGGUACAUGCUCCAGCUCCAUGCCAGAGCUUGCAGGGACUCAGGUUGUAGUGUGCCAAGAUGCAGGGAUCUCAAGGAGCAUCUUCGAAGAUUGCAACAACAAUCUGAUUCUAGAAGGAGGGCUGCUGUAAAUGAAAUGAUGAGACAAAGAGCAGCAGAAGUUGCUGCCAAUGAGUAGUGGCAUCUGUAUAGUUAUAUACUGUGGAAAGAAGAUAGGAAGCAUGCAGUGUUGCUGUCCUCGCUCGCUCCCAUGCCCAAGUAGAAGCUUGGGAUGGUUGAAUUAGAGGAUCUAGCUAAGGAGUUGUUUCAGAUGGAUUCUUCCCGUGAACUGCCCGGGAGAUGCAAGACGUUGCGCAUUCCUCGCCAGUUGUUAACCUAUGGCUUGGAAGCCUGCCUGCCUCCUCUUCUCCAAAGGAAAUCAAAGGAAAGGAAAGGAAUGGAAUUGAUGAAGGGGGUGCACCACAAUAGGUGGUAACUACUGUGUUCUCUGCUAACUAGUUGCACCCUGCUGACGGUGCUGGUGAUAUCGUCGUCGUCGAUAGGAAGGACCCCCAGCCUAUGGGUGUGGUGAUUCUUUUAUUUGACAUCCUGUACUAGUGGAACUAAUCUUGUUUUGCUGCUUGCCUCCUCUUCAUGUAUAAUAGGUUUCUGGAACUCUUAUUGUUGAUGAAAAAUUGGUGUAGCUGUUCCCCCUCCAGCACCUUGUUGUUGCCUCCCAUCAGGAGUGAGGGGUAUAGGGAGAAAAAAGGAAGAAGAGGGUUGGGCAUUGGACAUGAAUUGUUUAUUUCUGCCCCCCAUUUUGUAGGAACCAAUCUUUAUUUAAAGUAUAAAGCAAAGCAUAUCCUGC